UUCUCAGCCCCUCUCGGAUUCCAGAAGGCUGGCUUUCCCUGACUUUGCUCUGUGGGAAUGUCACAAUUCUCAGCCCCAAGCCUUAGACUGAACCUGUCCUCCAGCAAGACCCAGGGCACUUUCCUCUGCUGCAUUUUUCUCCAUUUGCCCCUUAAUUUUUUUCAGAUUUUUUCCCUUUUAAUUUUAAUGAAUCCCUUAAAACAGGAGUAAAACCUUAACCAAAUGAGCUGAUUAAAGCUUAUAUAAUCCUCUCAAGGAUCCUUAAAUCAGGAUCUCUUUGUCGCAAGGCGGAAAACAGGAAUCUAGGAAGGUUUCACCACCCUUAGCAAAGGUGCCUAGUGACAUUUGCAAAGCAGGUGACUGAUGGUGCAUUUUAACAAGCCCUGUUUUGUUUGCCAUAGAAGGGACACCAGUUCUGCUGGGCUACCUGGAAGAUUCACAGACACAGGGACUCUAAUCUCAAGCCACAGGUGAAAAUCCAUGGCAGACGCACCUCGAUCAAACUAAAAAGCUCUUUUGCCAGCUCUCCUGUGGAUUUUUCAGCACUGGGAGCAACUCCGCAGCAGCGUCUUAGGUAAACGCCAAAUCUCUCCAGGGCUCCAAGGACUCUUCCAUCAGCCUUCUAAAGCCCCAAUCUGUUGCACACCAGAUUCCCCUUGAGGGGAGUGUCCUCCGGACCAUUGGAUCUAGGAGCGUGACAUUCAAUUAAAGAAGGAGACGCAUUAGCUCAGAGGCAGCAGCAGCCCCUUAAUCACCGUUCUGGUUUGAGAUCCAUGCAGCUCUGGAAGUAUUUUGAAUCCUGAAGUAUUUUUUGUAGCCUGGUGUUAUUUCUGAGGGCAAGGUGCUUCCAGCGGGACCAUGUCUUUUGCCGAAUUCUUACACCAGGUGGGCGGUAUGGGACGUUUUCAAAUUAUCCACACAAUGUUGCUUACCAUCCCCAUCGUGCUGAUGGCCAGCCACAACCUCCUGCAGAACUUCACUGCCGCCAUCCCAGGGCACCACUGCCAAGUCCAUAUCGAUGCCAACAACACCCGCUACCCUAAUGCCACCCUGCACCUGGACUCCCAGGACCUGCUCCGGGUCGCCAUCCCCAUGGACAGGAACCGGCAGCCAGAGAAGUGCCGCCGCUUUGUCACUGCUCAGUGGCAGCUCCUAGACCCCAAUGUCACCGAGCCCAAUGGAACUCAGCUGGACACAGAGCCCUGCACAGAGGGAUGGACCUAUGAUAGGAGCAUGUUCACCUCCACCAUCAUUACUGAGUGGGACCUGGUGUGUAACUUGCGGAAGUUCCGGCAGAUGGCUCAGUCAAUCUACAUGGCUGGGGUGCUGCUGGGAGCUCUCGUGCUAGGCGGUCUCUCUGACAGGUUUGGACGCAAGGCAAUGCUGAUCUGGUCCUUUCUGCAGCUGGCUGUGAUGGGAACCUGCACGGCCUUCUCCCCCAGUUACAUCUCCUACUGUAUCUUCCGCUUCCUGGGUGGGAUGGCACUGUCUGGCUUUGGGCUCAGCAUCGCCUGCCUGAUUGUGGAGUGGAUCCCCACUGAGUUCCGCACCAUCACCAUUGCCAUCACAGGAUUCGUCUACACCCUGGGCCAGAUCCUACUGGCGGGCUUGGCAUAUGGCAUCCCAGACUGGCGCUGGCUCCAGCUGACUGUGUCUUUGCCUUUCUUCUUCUUCUUCAUCUAUGCCUGGUGGUUCGCAGAAUCUGCCCGCUGGCUGGCUCUGGCAGGUAAAGCUGACAGAGCAGUGAAGGUGCUCCAAAGGGUCGCCAGAGUGAAUGGGAAACGGGAAGAAGGGGAGAAGAUUACCACAGAGGUAAAGAGACCCAAUGGAGUCUUUAAUGAAGGGCUUGAUCCUCAGGUGGUCUAA